GGCGGCGUCGCUGGCGCAGCCAGUCCUAGGACGCGUUGCGCGGGGGGCGGGCACGCACGCGUGAGGACGUCCGGGGAGCGGGCGCGCCGCCGCCACCAGCGAGCUCGGUUGGGUUUGCCGGUGGUGGGGUUUGAAGGUGAUGGCCUUGACCGAAGGCCUCGAGGAGGGGUCUCCCGCCGUCCCCACAGUCGCUGCCGGGAGUACCGUUCACUCUUCGUCAUGAGAGCGAGAGAGAGUGGGAGAGAGCAUACGAGCAGCGGAGGGGCAGAGAGAGGAAGACACAAAAUCCGAAAAAGGCUCCAGGCUCCGAGCUGUCAGCACAGAACCCAACACAGGGCUUGAACUCAUGAACCCAUGAGAUCAUGACCUGAGCUGAAGUCCAACGCUCAACUGACUGAGCCACCCAGGCGCCCCAUCCAUGAUGAUACUUUAAAAGGAGACCGAGCCCUGAAGCAAAGAAAUCUGGAUCACAGAAAAAGUAUUCAAGGGUCAUGCAAGCCAACUGUAGCCAACUGCACAGCCCUCCAGGAGCUGCAGGCAGUGAGGAUGCCUCAGCUUCCCAGUGUGUUCAUACAAGAUUGACAGGAGAAGGUUCUUGUCUUCAUUCUGGAGAUGUUCAUAUCCAGAUAAACUCCAUACCUAAAGAAUGUGCUGAAAAUCCAAGCUCCAGAAAUAUAAGGUCAAGUGUCCACAGCUGUACUCAUGGAUGUAUACAUAGUCGCUUACGGAGUCACUCCCACAAUGAAGCAAGGCAGUCUGAUGAUACUGCCACAGAGUCUGGAGAUCAUGGUAGUAGCUCUUUCUCAGAAUUCCGAUAUCUCUUCAAGUGGUUGCACAAAAGUCUUCCAUAUAUUUUGAUUCUGGGUGUCAAACUUGUUAUGCAGCAUAUAACAGGAAUUUCUCUUGGAAUUGGGCUGCUUACAACUUUUAUGUAUGCAAACAAAAGCAUUGUAAAUCAGGUUUUUCUAAGAGAAAGGUGCUCCAAGAUUCAGUGUGCUUGGUUACUGGUAUUCUUAGCAGGAUCUUCUGUUCUUUUAUAUUACACUUUUCAUUCUCAGUCACUUUAUUACAGCUUAAUUUUUUUAAAUCCUACUUUGGACCAUUCAAGCUUCUGGGAAGUACUUUGGAUUGUUGGAAUUACAGACUUCAUUCUGAAAUUCCUCUUCAUGGGCUUAAAAUGCCUUAUUUUGUUGAUGCCUUCUUUCAUCAUGCCUUUUAAAUCCAAGGGUUACUGGUAUAUGCUUUUAGAAGAAUUAUGUCAGUAUUACCGAACUUUUGUUCCCAUACCAGUUUGGUUUCGUUACUUUAUAAGCUAUGGGGAGUUUGGUAAUGUGACUAGACGGAGUCUUGGGAUAUUGCUGGCUUUACUCUACCUCAUACUAAAACUUUUGGACUUUUUUGGACAUCUGAGAACUUUCCGACGGGUUUUGCGAAUAUUUUUUACACGACCAAGUUACGGAGUGGCUGCCAGCAAGAGACAGUGUUCAGAUGUGGAUGAUAUUUGUUCAGUAUGUCAAGCUGAAUUUCAAAAACCAGUUCUGCUCAUCUGUCAGCAUAUAUUUUGUGAAGAAUGCAUUACCUUAUGGUUUAAUCGAGAGAAAACAUGUCCACUGUGCAGAACUGUGAUCUCAGACCAUAUAAACAAAUGGAAAGAUGGAGCCACUUCAUCCCACCUUCAGAUAUACUAAGUUGUAUAAACUAUGAAGGCCACAAAACACUAAUUUUAUUUGGUUACACUGACAAUUGAUAAAGACAUUAGAAUGGGUUUUCAGGACUAGACAUUAAGGAAAAUGUUUCCAAAUGAUUUUAGACUAUUAUAGUAAGACUUAAGUGUGUAAUCUAAUUUAUCAAAAGAUUAAAUGAAAGAACCUUAUGUUUUAAAAAAUAUGUAAGUAAUGUUCGACCUAAUGAAUAUGGAACAUUUAUCCUGUCCUAAUUAUUUGACAGGUGGUUGCAGUGUUAAAUUGUGAAUGUUUUCUCAUUAAUGUUACCAAAAUGUCAAUUGGGUAACUAAAACUAGUGAUUUUGGAGGAACUCAGGUAUUCUUUCCUGACAUUGUUUUCAGAAUAAAGAAUAUUUUUCAUAAUAUUUUAAGAUACACAUUAUCUGAAAGUAGAAUUUUCUUUAGCAUUGACUUUUAUAAUUCCCAUUCUAAAAAUUCUUAAAUUUGCAUAAAGUUUGUAUUUUUAAAUGAAAGUUCUAAAUACUAUUUUUUACCUGUAAACAAUCAGAUUUUCUAAGUGAAGAUUAAAUUUACUGAGGAUGAUAUAUUUUAAUAUUGUAUUGUUCUCUGUAAGAUGAUCAGCAAUCGAGAAUAGAUUAUUUGAACUCAUUGUUUGUGGACCUCAUACAUACAAUCCUUCUGUCAGCUUUAAUGUUCAUGAUCUUGCUUUUUGUAUAGUGCCAUGAACUAUCUUGAAGUAACUAUUAAAAUAAUUGACAUGAAUUACAAA